AUGCAGCUCGCGGUGCUGGCGGCGCUGUGCUGCCUCGGGCUGCGCCUGGCGCUCGGCGUGCGCGGCGCGCCCUGCGAGGCGGUGCGCAUCCCCAUGUGCCGGCACAUGCCCUGGAACAUCACGCGGAUGCCCAACCACCUGCACCACAGCACGCAGGAGAACGCCGUCCUGGCCAUCGAGCAGUACGAGGAGCUGGUGGACGUGAACUGCAGCUCGGUGCUGCGCUUCUUCCUCUGCGCCAUGUACGCGCCCAUCUGCACGCUCGAGUUCCUGCACGACCCCAUCAAGCCGUGCAAGUCGGUGUGCCAGCGCGCGCGCGACGACUGCGAGCCGCUCAUGAAGAUGUACAACCACAGCUGGCCCGAGAGCCUGGCCUGCGACGAGCUGCCGGUCUACGACCGCGGCGUGUGCAUCUCGCCCGAGGCCAUCGUCACCGACCUCCCCGACGACGUUAAGUGGAUAGACAUCACGCCAGACAUGAUGGUACAGGAAAGGCCCCUUGAUGUUGACUGUAAACGCCUAAGCCCCGACCGUUGCAAGUGCAAAAAGGUGAAGCCGACUCUGGCGACGUAUCUGAGCAAAAACUACAGCUACGUCAUUCAUGCCAAAAUCAAAGCUGUGCAGAGGAGUGGCUGUAACGAAGUAACCACUGUGGUGGACGUGAAAGAGAUCUUCAAGUCCUUGUCACCCAUCCCUCGAACGCAGGUGCCGCUCAUUACAAAUUCUUCCUGCCAGUGUCCUCACAUCCUGCCGCAUCAAGACGUUCUCAUCAUGUGUUACGAGUGGCGCUCCAGGAUGAUGCUUCUUGAAAACUGUUUAGUUGAAAAAUGGAGAGAUCAACUUAGUAAAAGAUCCAUACAGUGGGAAGAGAGGCUGCGGGAACAGCGGAGGACCGUUCAGGACAAGAAGCGAACUGCCGGGCGCACCAGUCGUAGCAACACCCCGAAACCAAAGGGAAAGCCUCCUGCUCCCAAACCAGCCAGCCCCAAGAAGACCAUUAAAGCUAGGAGUGCCCAAAAGAGAACAAACCCAAAAAAAGUGUGAGCCAGCUGCUUUCCAGAACGGAGACUGCCUCCAAGGAUGAGGCCAGCCACUGCCCAGCCAGCCUGGGGAAGGCCCUGCUCCCCUCGCCUUCACAACUGCAGUACUCCUCAGACACAUCUUGCAGAUUUUUCUUAAUGAUAUGCUUCAAUUUUUCUUUUUAAGCCGCCACAAACUGUAGUGGUAGGUAUGUCCUUUGGUAUGGAAGGUAUAUGAAAGCUCAAAUCUUGUGGACAAAUCUCCUUGCGGCAGUCAGGGUAGCCUUCAAAGGCGCCCACUCUGUGCGAUCUCCAAGGGGGGGGGAAGAUGCUUUGGUUCUUACCAUUUGACCUAAUAUGUGCAUUGUAAAAUAAAUGCCAUAUUACAAAGAAAACACUUUUUUUUUUUUACAAUCUGUUAUAUUUCAGUUUGACUUGUCAUAUUAGAAUGUUCGUAAUAUUUUAAAUGCGAUCGGAAAUACGAUGAUUUGAAGGAAGAAAGCAAGAGGAACGAAUGUCUAAAAGAUCUUUAUGUGUUUACUGUUUGCGGAAGAAUUUCUGUGAUGAAAGGGAAUUUUUGAACUAUCUAGAAAAGUAGGAUAUGGAAAACUGUAAUGAUUUUUUUUUUUCACAAAGAACCCUUUCAGCUCGUUUUUAGCUAGAAACUUUAGAAACUAAAACAAUAAUGAUGAUAACUAACUAAAUAAAUAAAAGGGAAAGGCAAACACACCA